UUGCUCCACUGACCAAUAGGAAGAUGGACAAUUUAGAACAGAUGGUAAAAGAAUAUAAUACCCACAGCUGCAGUCAGGCAUGUUACCAAUGAAGAGAGAGCUGGUUAUUGGGGUAGGAAAGUGAAAUACUUUCGGUUCUAAGCUAAAUGGAUGUCAGUUCCAACACUGUGGUUGUUACAGGAUUUGGUCCCUUUCGACAGCAUCUAGUGAAUUCCAGCUGGGAAGCAACAAAAAAGCUUUUUGACCUUGGCCUUGGCCACGAUGUAGACCUGCACAUCAUCGAACUGCCGGUGGCUUAUCGAAAAGCAAAAGAGCUUGUAUGUAAAGCGUGGUCCACCUUCCAGCCCCAGCUCAUGGUUCACACUGGGCUGGCUUCUACCUCAAAACCAACUAUAAUUCUGGAGCAGUGUGGAAAGAACAAAGGCUAUAACGAAAUGGAUGUUUGUGGGUUUUGUCCAGAAGAUGGUUGUUGUUUCUUAGAAGGCCCGGAAAAACUAGAGUCUACAAUUAAUAUGAAAAAAGUCUGGAAAAAUGUUCAGGUAGAAGGGAUAGAUGUCAUUUUUUCCAGAGAUGCAGGAAGGUACAUCUGCGAUUAUACCUAUUACAUUUCACUUUACUAUGGUAACGGAAGAGCAGCGUUCAUCCACGUGCCUCUUCUAUCCAAGUGGGUAACAGCAGAACUUCUAGGAAGAGCACUGCAGAGCAUCAUCUUGGAGAUGUUAAAGCAAUGCAAACAAGGAAAAAUAUAAACCCAAAAUUAGAAGUCUUACACGAGACAUUCGUUUUUGUCCACGAGUCACGGGAACAUUACCGCCAGCCACAGCUUCACACUGAAAUCACUGCAGCCCCUCGUGAUCUGGCGAUCAAGUGUGUGUGCACUGCCCCACGUGGUUCUGCAUGCACUGAGGAAGGGCAUGGAAAGCAGAAAAUCAAAGGCGCUUCGCGUGUGUAUCAGAGGCUGUAGUAAGAGUUUGCUAGGUGGGGAGGCAUCACCUUCCCCCCCCCCCCCCCGUAUAGGUGUGUGCAUCUCUGUGUGUAUUUGUGUGUGCGUGCGUGCAUACACACAAGUGUGAACAGUUAUGGAAACAGAAACAAAGCUAAAGGGGACCUUUGUAAAGCAAGCUUCCCUACUCUAGUUUCAUGGAGAAAAUGUUAAUGAUUGCUGCAGAUCUGGAAUGAUCCAGAUGGAGAACCAGAAAACGGAUGGAAAAGAAAAAUGUUUUCCUGUUCUGAUCUCAGUGUACUUUAGAAGUGUCUUACUGAAUAAACGGCAACACAGUAGGCACAAAUGCAUACAGAAUCCUUUUUAUUUAACUUAA